AUGUCUAGCUCCACUGCGGGUCCGGUGGACCGUCCGCCGCCUAUCCCUCGUCGACAUCCCUCGCGGCCUUCCCUCCGAACGCCAUCAUCUACCGCUCCGCCGGCUGACGAGACUUCCGACCGACCUCCUGUUGCGCGUCGACCCACAUCAUCCCUCUUCCACGGAGACGAGGCCUCCAAGGUCGGUACGAUCGGACUAGGAUUUACGGGGCGUGUCGGUCUGGGAAGUCCGCGUCUCGAGUUCUUCCAGCGGAGGGAAGGGGGAGGAGGGGAUAGUCAAGGGUCGGAAGAAGGGAAAGAAGGAGGUCGGCGGGGUAGCUAUAUUGAUCGGGAUAUCGGGCUGCCCAGUCCGCCCGGGACGGAGAGCGAGGUGGGGUAUGGGCUGGGUAUAGCUGCCUCCCCAUCGCUGGACGAUAUGCCCAGGGCGGAGCAGGUGUCCAACGUGAGAAUACCUUCAUCAAGCCGGCCUCGAUUACAGCCUCGUACGCCCUCGGUGGCCUCGUCUUCGGGCACCACGGCCGCGCAUCAGCGGACAUCCUCCGUCACUUCACACACACAGUCCUCUCGCCGCCGUCUUCAGCCAAAGGUAUCCUCGGGUAUGACUCGCUCCACCUCGUCCUCGUCCAGCAUCUACAACCUAUCUCUUCGGGACGUCAGCCUGCCCGGCUCGUCCGCCGGAUCUCCGAGCAUGAGCGACAGGACCCACACGCCAUCUCCAGUCAAGAAGUGGUCUCCUGCGCCAUCGGCUUCAGCUGAGGGUAGCCGCAGAUCCCCAGCGGCCGCUUCACCUGUCGAGCGGCUCAGCCGGCACUCGUCCAGGCGCUCCGUCGGGUUUCCCUCGAGUACAAGCCUGGAGGACAUGGCGGAGGGCGUCGCGACCGGCAGCAGGGCAUCAAGUAGGUCCGGCGGGUCGGAGGAUACGAGACGCGUCAAUGGUGGGGCCGGGGAAGGGCUCGUUCGGCGCUCAUCCCGCUUGUCCGUCGAGUCGUAUUCUUCUGCGGAGCAGGACAGGCGGGUUGAGGUGGAAACGAGCAGGGAGAUAGUACGGAGGUCUACGGUCGAUACAGGGGAGAGGAGUGAGAGGGAGGGGGAGAGAAGACGGCGAGGACAGGAAGCCGCGGAGCCGGCCACCAAGGGCGAGACGGCUGUCAAGCUCCUCAGGCGUAUAUCUGGCGGCGCGGAGCUGGACGAUCGGAUCCGGGAAGCGGAGGAGAAGGUCAAGCGGGUCAACCAGCGCUCGUCCCGUCCCUCGACAUCCACCUCCACCCGGGAUGGACGGUCGCCUCAAAAGUCCACAAUCCGAGGCGCCGACUCAUCCUCGCCGGCCCCAUCUCGACCAUCCCCCGUCGUUCCGUUUGCAAACAACACGCUCAGGCGAAGCGCCACCCUCUCGUCAGCUUCGGCGCGGAACCAUGCAACUGCUGAGGAGCUUGUCAGCCCGGAACGAGCGGAUGCGAGCACGACGAGAGAUAGAGGCACAUGGGAGGACACUGAGAGGGAUAGGAGUGGAGGUAGUGCAGGAAGCGGGAAGCGGAAGCCCCUCCCUACGGAGUUCAGGUCAUCUCAGCCAUACACACCAUCCCCAAAGCACACCACGCAUAUUGGUCUGCCGAGCAGUUCGUCUCGCUCCAGGGUCCACCAGCUGGCUGAGUCUCCGGAAGAGCGCCUAUCGGACCUCCCUUCCCCCUCAUCACACUUCACGUCCCCGUCCCGGCGGACAGACUCGAUCGACUCCCCCUCUUCCCGGUUUCUACGGCACGAAGGGAUUGAGGGCCUUGAUCGGUCAGCUAGUAGUGCCAGCAGGAAUCGAGAGCCAUACUCGCGUCGGCAGUGGUCAGAGUCGCUCUCUGGUCUGCCCAACCUCCGAACAGACACGGUCGAUCGCGGCCUGCCCAAGCUGCGCGACUCGCGCUCGAUGAGCCGGUCGGCUAGCGUGAUGGACAGCCACUCGGAGCAGGCGCCGGGAAGCGAGCGGAGGCGAUACCAGUCCCGGAGCUCCACUUUGUCUUCGUCGUCUCGACUCGCCCUCACUCCAGGGGACUCAAUUUCGGUCGUCGAUACCCGUUCAAACCACUAUGAGUCAAAGAAGGAUCCGCUGGAGGUCUUGCGGAGGAUCGAGGAAUCGAGGGAGCUGCAUAAUAGGCAGUGGGAAGAGGACCGGGCGGUCUCGGUCGUAGGAGACUUUGACUCCCCUGCGAGGCGGUAUGAGCGGCCUUCAUCAGGCGAAGGGAGGAGCCGGAUCACCUCUCACGCGCGCAUUCGGCCCGCCACGUCCAUGUCGAGCAUGCGGGAGGGGUCGGACCGCUCCGCACCGAUCAAUCGGCUCCAUCGUCGGACGUUUGAGGAGUCACAGGCGGAGAGUCCAUCUUCAUCCUCGCGUCGGGCGACAUCACGUCUUUCACACGGUCCGCCGGUCACGGAGCUUCGGCACAAGCGGAGCAGUACCUCUGUGAACGGCCGGGCUGGCGCAUCUCCGCUCGACGCAUACGCUACCAAGACGGAGCACGGGCGACUCCUCCUCGAGGCGUUCCGUGCGCUGGAGCUCAAGCUCCCGCCUGACCUUCUGGACGCGGUACCGGACCUUGUCAAAGCCCUGCAAUCCACUAUAUCGGCGCAGGAGACGAUCAAUACGUCGGUCCGGGACUCGCUGGCCACGGCAAAUCGGACAAACGUCGCGAUCGACCUGGACAACCCAAAUAUCGACGAGCUCAGGCGGGACUUUGAUAUUUUGCUGCCGCUCCUCCGGGAGGCUGGGCGCGCGUCGGACCAGUCCAUCCGGGAAUUGACGAGGGUGAUACUGGACCUUCCGAAGCUGUUGAGGGAGGGAACCAAGCUUGGCAGUACUACGCCCAAUACCAGCCGUUCAGCGCAACAUUCGUCACCCACGGUCAGGCGGUCCGAGUCUAUCCUGUCCCGGUCGUCACUCGAUUCCACCCGAUCGCCGGAUGACUACUCCUCACGCCGGUGGCAGAACACAAGCGGGGGAUCCCCCGUUUCGGGCCUGAGUGGGGCGCGGGAGCGGCGAAGCCUGGACGUCAUACGCUCGUCUAGCAGCAUGGCGAGCUUUGUGUCACGCUUCAGGCGGUCGCCGGGAAAGGGGGAGACGAUGCCUCUACCGCCCAUAGACCAGUCUCCGCCUCGGGAAUACGAGCCGUCCCCCCUCGACCGGGGCUACUCGGAGGAGCGGGACCUCUCUUCUCCACAUCGACGGAGGGAGCGGGAGGAGCAAUUUCAUCCUAAUCUUUCCCCUGGACCAGCCGCCGCACCACCGCCAAAGUCCCCCGAACGGUUCCGCAACAUGCUCCGAAAAAAGGCAUCGUCGACUUCUACACAUACCGUCCGCGGCUCGUCCGGCUUCUCUCCCCUCACCCAGGCCACAGCUACAACCACGACCUCCACCCCGUCCACUUCGGCCUUCUUCCCCUCUCCCAUCCGAAGGACAACCACCGCCAUCUCGCAAAUCACCGUCGGGGACCUCUCGCCCCCUUCUGCAUCUAUUUCGCGGGUCAAGUCGCUCCGGUCUGACCGGAGUGGGAGUUUUGGGGAUGAUCGGAGUGGACGCGAUUUGGACUUGGGGUCGCCGGUCAGUCGAUUUAGCUUUAAGGGGAGGAUGGGGAGUGAGGAGCCGGAAGAGGGCGAGGGGGAUGAGGCGGUCAAGGUGUUGGCGGCGGCUGCGAAGAGGAGGGAGUCGGAGACUAGUAUAAGGCAGGCAGAGAGGGGGAGUGGGAGUGGAUCGGGGACGUGGAAGAGCGGAUGGAGGAGGGGAAAGUAG